GUCAAAGUUGACAGUUACAAAUUCCGUCAGCCCCUGAAGGCAGCAGUUUGGUAAGCUCCUGGGGAGACAGCGGUUAGCUUAGUGUUGUUCAUCCAACUGAGAGGAAGGAAACAUGGCCGCACUUAUCAAAGCAAGGAAAGCUCUAGGCUUGUGUCUCAGAGGCUGUCGAAGUCUGUCUCAACUAGCAGAGUUACCAGAGACUCAUCAGAUGCUGAGGCAGACCUGCAGAGACUAUGCUGACAGAGAACUGAUACCCAUCGCCGCCAAACUCGACAAAGAGCACAGUUACCCUGCCCAACAGAUUCAAGAAUUGGGGGCGAUGGGGGUGAUGGCCAUGGAGGUACCAGAGGAGCUGGGUGGUGCAGGGAUGGAUUACCUGGCCUACAGUCUGGCUAUGGAGGAGAUCAGUCGAGGCUGCGCCAGCACCGGAGUCGUGGUCUCUGUAAACAAUUCUCUCUACAUCGGACCAAUAUUGAAGUUUGGUACAGAGGAACAGAAAAAGCAAUGGAUCACACCGUUCACCACCGGAGAGAAAGUGGGCUGUUUUGCACUCAGUGAGCCAGGUAAUGGCAGUGAUGCAGGUGCUGCCUCCACUAUGGCUCAUCAGGAGGGAGAUGAGUGGGUGCUCAACGGAACCAAGGCCUGGAUCACCAACAGCUGGGAUGCCUCUGCCACAGUCGUGUUCGCCACCACUGAUAAGAAACUCAAACACAAGGGUAUCAGUGCCUUCCUGAUCCCUAUGCCACACCCUGGGCUUUCUCUAGGAAAGAAGGAAGAUAAGUUGGGCAUCAAAGCCUCCUCCACUGCUAACAUCAUCCUUGAGGACUGCAGGAUACCGCUGGGCAACAUGCUGGGUCCUCGCGGUGCUGGAUUUAAGAUCGCCAUGCAAACGCUGGACAGUGGAAGGAUCGGUAUCGCAGCUCAAGCUCUGGGUAUCGCUCAGGCUUCUCUGGACUGUGCUGCAGAUUAUGCACAGAAACGCACUGCAUUCGGAGCCCCCAUCAGCAAGCUGCAGUCGAUACAGUUCAAACUGGCUGACAUGGCUGUGGCAAUAGAGAGCUCUCGUCUGCUCACAUGGAAAGCUGCUCUUCUUCGGGAUUCAAAGAAACCCUUCACUAAGGAAGCAGCUAUGGCCAAACUGUCAGCAUCUGAAGCUGCAACCAUGUGCUCACAUCAGGCGAUCCAGGUUCUAGGUGGGAUGGGUUACGUGGAGGACAUGCCUGCAGAGAGGCACUACCGUGACGCUCGCAUCACUGAGAUCUACGAGGGCACCAGUGAGAUCCAGAGACUGGUUAUCGCCAGCCAGUUACUGAAGGAAUAUGAGUCAUAGACACACUUCUGUCAGCGCCUUUGGCCUAAUAUUGAGAUUUAAUCCCAGAACUGGAAUCAGACAAGUAAACCCAGAGACACGGAAUCAUCCAGAAACAAAGGGAAGCCAGUGUGUUAAGCUCUUUAAUACUGUAUCAGUGUUAGAUCAGAGACUACAGUACAUAACUUUAUAGGAGAUUUAUUUGAUUUUUCAUUUCCGUUCUCUCCAUUGUGUCAUAUUCAAGGGAAUUCAGGAAUAAUUUUAAAGUGGCAAUCUAAAAGAUUUGAGUCCUAGUUGGUUUAGUGACCAGCUAUUAACAUUUUGAUAAAGAAGUCAGUCAACAACUUAAAAUAAUGAAUUUAUGCCAGACAUGUAUUUACAUGAACGUUUCAGGGAUUGCCACUUUAAAAACUUUGAAUGAAAAACAAGUUACCUCAACUGCCUUAAAGAGGAUACAAGUGCUUUGCUUUUUUAAAGGGUCAGUCCACUCAAAUUUCAUAUUUUCUUUCACUCAACUGCACAAGUAAAAGUAACACAACUAAUUAGAUGUACUUUAUCAUUCAGUCAACAUCAGCUAAGUUAAUCACUGACGUUGUGCACAAUGCUGCACAUGGUCAUCAUUAAAUGAAUGGAACUGGCUGCAGAAAGACUAAGGAAACCUGGUACCUGUUAUCAUGUGCUUGAUGUCCCAAUCACUGAUGAAGACCAUCAGAUGUGGCUGAAACCUUAAUAUUAGAGUUAAGGCGACAGUGGUCUGGGUACAUUUGGCAGUUGCUUAAGGUAUUAAGUUGUAGGUUGGUUAGUUAGUUAGUUAGUUAGUUUAGUUAUAUCUCCAUCAGGGGAGGCGAGGAAGGAGCGAGGUGAGAUGGAGGGGCGGGUUAGUUGAGGGGGUUCCAGCUCUUAGUCAUAACUCAAUAAAAUUUGAAUCUGUGACAUCAGUUCUGAUGAACAGGUCGACAGGUCCAUCUGAGGUCUCAGCUCCUCAGAACCACAUGGAUCUGUAAGCACCUCCACUCACCACAGUUUUAAUGAAUGUCAAAACAGACUUCUAAGCUCACCUAGUUUUAACAGAAACUGGAGGUGAGCCUUUCUUUAAAUCUACAUCAGGCCUCAUUUUGCACUGUCUCCUUACUCCUACAGAAGAUGAGUCACAUCUUUGUCUGCUCUGUGCUUUCUAAGUUUAAACACCAGGGGGCAACGCUGUUUAUUCAUGUUUCUUGACCCAAUUCUGCUUCAACCUUAAUCACAACUCACUGCAAACCAAUCAAAUGUAACCAUUUCCUCUCAUUUUACAUGGCAGUUUUUCCGAUUUACACUUGUGGAUGGCAGUUAGAGCUGAUAUUUGAAUGAUAAUAUGAACGUCUGCCUCAACAUUCAAACAUUUAAAUCUUUGAGCUUGUUAGAGGCUGUGUCAUGAAUUGUAUCUGCUGAUUUCACAGACCUCUUGUGCCUCUGUGACAUAUGUGUACAUAUUUUAUUGUAAUUUAUUAUGUGCAAAUGAUAAUAAAAACUAAAUUACAAUA